AACAGUCAAAAAGACCUAGGAAGAUCAAUCGAUAUAUAGUAGCAGCAGCAAGGGUUGUAGAGGCAAUGGAACCUUUUGGUCGAGGUGGCGGUGGCGGUGGUGGUCGCGGCCGCGGCCGUCGCUCUCAAUCUAUUUCACGGGUUGUUGUUGGCAACGAGCAAUGUGGGCGAGGUAGGGGCAGCGAAGAGAAGAAGCAAGAGCAAUGUGAGCGAGGUAGAGGAAGCGAAGAGAAGAAGCAAGAGCAAUGUGGGCGAGGUAGGGGCAGCGAAGAGAAGAAGCAAGAGCAAUGUGGGCGAGGUAGGGGCAGCGAAGAGAAGAAGCAAGAGCAAUGUGAGCGAGGUAGGGGAAGCGAAGAGAAGAAGCAAGAGCAAUGUGGGCGAGGUAGGGGCAGCGAAGAGAAGAAGCAAGAGCAAUGUGGGCGAGGUAGGGGCAGCGAAGAGAAGAAGCAACCGCAGAAUUCAUCACCUGAUUCUCGUUCCGAUUCUGAUUCUGUUGGAAUGGGAAUGGCAAAGUUAAAUAUUGGCGAUGACGUUGAUAAGCCAUCAGCAGCAGCCGCAGCAUCCGCAGCAGUAGGAGAGGGAGGGUUUGAUAUAUGUCACCGUAAGCAACCUGGAAGCGUGGUUCUGAAACCUCCAUUGCUUGCACAGAACAGAGAAAGGAGAAAAUCCCGUAGUAGUAAUAACAAUGGCAUUGGGUUAUCGUUGAGGCCUGGGAUGGUGUUUCUGAAGGGUUACCUUUCACUGAGCGAUCAGCAGAAGAUAGUGGAAAGGUGCAGGGAGUUGGGGGUGGGCGUGGGAGGAUUCUACCAGCCUGGUUACGGGGAAGGAACCAAGAUGCAUUUGAAGAUGAUGUGCCUCGGAAAGAACUGGGAUCCUCACACCUCUCAGUACGGAGAACGACGACCAUUCGACGGAGCAAAACCCCCCCACAUCCCUCCCGAGUUUCAGACAUUGGUCACUAAUGCACUUCGUGAUUCCAACGCCCUCGUUCCUCAAAAUCGCCUUCCCUCCAUCUCACCCGACAUCUGCAUUGUCAAUUUUUACUCCCAAACUGGCCGUUUGGGUCUUCAUCAAGACAAGGAUGAAAGUGAAGACUCUCUUCGCCGAGGCUUGCCCGUCGUAUCCUUCUCCAUCGGAGACUCUGCUCAAUUCCUCUAUGGAGAUCACAGGGAUCCCGACAAGGCAGAGAAACUGCAACUCGAAUCUGGGGAUGUUUUGAUCUUUGGUGGCCCCUCCAGAAAUGUAUUCCACGGAGUUAGCGCUAUUCAUCCAAACUCUGCCCCCAACCUCUUGCUGCAACAGACUAAUCUACGCCCUGGUCGAUUGAAUCUCACUUUCAGACAGUACUAAGUUAAAUUCAUAUA